AUGGACGAGUCGUUCCGGGACCGGACCGCGUUCAUCCGCGGCGCCAAGGACAUCGCCAAGGAGGUGAAGAAGCACGCGGCCAAGAAGGUGAGCCGGGGCAUGGACCGAGUGCAGGACGAGUACACCCGGCGCUCCUACUCCCGCUUCGAGGAGGAGGAGGACGAUGAAGACUACGCGCCCCAGGACGGCUACUACCGGGGGGGCGAGGGGGCCAACGAGGAGGAGGGGGUGUCCAGCGACGCCACUGAAGGCCACGAUGAGGAGGACGAGAUCUACGAGGGCGAGUACCAAGGGAUCCCCCGGCAGGAGUCGCUGAAGGGGGGGGAGCGCCUGGGGGCCGCGGCGGCCGCCGGCGCUUUCGACGACAGCGAGGGGCAGCGGAGGAAGGACAGGGAGGAGCUGGCGCAGCAGUACGAGCUCAUCCUGCAGGAGUGCGGCCACGGCCGAUUCCAGUGGACCCUCUACUUUGUCCUGGGCCUGGCCCUCAUGGCUGACGGCGUGGAGAUCUUUGUGGUGGGCUUCGUGCUGCCCAGCGCCGAGAAGGACAUGUGCCUCUCCGACUCCAACAAGGGCAUGCUGGGACUCAUCGUGUACCUGGGCAUGAUGGUGGGCGCGUUCGUGUGGGGCGGGCUGGCCGACCGGCUGGGCCGAAGGCAGUGCCUCCUCAUCUCCCUCUCCGUCAACAGCGUCUUCGCCUUCUUCUCCUCCUUCGUCCAGGGCUACGGCACCUUCCUCUUCUGCCGCCUGCUCUCGGGCGUGGGCAUCGGCGGCUCCAUCCCCAUCGUCUUCUCCUACUUCUCGGAGUUCCUGGCGCAGGAGAAGCGCGGGGAGCACCUGAGCUGGCUCUGCAUGUUCUGGAUGAUCGGGGGCAUCUACGCUUCCGCCAUGGCCUGGGCCAUCAUCCCCCACUACGGCUGGAGCUUCCAGAUGGGCUCUGCGUACCAAUUCCACAGCUGGAGGGUUUUUGUCCUCGUCUGCGCCUUCCCCUCGGUCUUCGCCAUCGGGGCGCUCACCACCAUGCCGGAGAGCCCGCGCUUCUACCUGGAGAACGGGAAGCACGACGAGGCCUGGAUGGUGCUGAAGCAGGUCCAUGACACCAACAUGAGGGCCAAGGGCCACCCCGAGAGGGUCUUCUCGGUCACCCACAUCAAGACCAUCAAGCGGGAGGACGAGCUGAUCGAGAUCCAGUCGGACACGGGGACGUGGUACCGGCGCUGGCUGGUCCGAUGCCUCAACCUGUCCCAGCAGGUCUGGAGCAACUUCCAGCAGUGCUUCGUGCCCGAGUACCGGCGGGUGACGCUGAUGAUGAUGGCGGUGUGGUUCACCAUGUCCUUCAGCUACUACGGGCUCACCGUGUGGUUCCCGGACAUGAUCAAGCACCUGCAGAGCAUCGAGUACGCGUCGCGCACGAAGCUCUUCACGCGCGAGAAGGUUCGGCACUUCACCUUCAACUUCACCCUGGAGAACCAGGUGCACCGUGGCGGGGAGUAUUUCAACGACAAGUUCAUCGGGCUGAAGAUGAAGUCGGUGACGUUCGAGGACUCGCUCUUUGAGGAGUGUUACUUCGAGGACAUCACUUCCAGCAACACCUUCUUCAAGAACUGCACCUUCAUCUCCACCGUCUUCUACAACACAGAUCUGUUCGAGUACAAGUUCAUCAACAGCCGGGUGGUGAACAGCACGUUCCUGCACAACAAGGAGGGCUGCCAGCUGGACUUCAGCGACGACAACAACGCCUACAUGAUCUACUUUGUCAGCUUCCUGGGCACCCUGGCUGUGCUCCCUGGAAACAUCGUCUCGGCCCUGCUCAUGGACAAGAUCGGCCGCCUGCGCAUGCUGGCCGGCUCCAGCGUCAUGUCCUGCAUCAGCUGCUUCUUCCUGUCCUUUGGGAACAGCGAGUCUGCCAUGAUCGCCCUGCUCUGCCUCUUUGGGGGGGUCAGCAUCGCCUCCUGGAACGCGCUCGACGUGCUCACCGUGGAGCUGUACCCCUCUGACAAGAGGACGACGGCGUUUGGCUUCCUGAACGCUCUGUGCAAGCUGGCAGCCGUGCUGGGCAUCAGCAUCUUCACGUCCUUCGUGGGCAUCACCAAGGCCGUGCCCAUCCUGUUCGCCUCGGCCGCGCUGGCCCUCGGCAGCUCCCUGGCCCUCAAACUGCCCGAGACAAGGGGGCAGGUCCUGCAGUGACGGGGGGCUGGGGGAGAGGGACCCCCCCCCUUGCUCGGGGUGCCCCCCAAAUCCAGCGUUUCGCCCCCCCCCACCUCCCCUUCCCUCUCCUCGUGCCCCUGGGAUUAGUCGCGUUAGACACUGUGAAAUGUCUUGGAGCAUUUGGGAUCUUUUUCAUUUGCACUUG